CUCUCUUGUCUUGUGUUGUGUUGUGCAUAAAACCUCAUCGCACUGCACUUGCUUUGCUCACUGUUGUAUCAUGUAGUUGCCCACUCAAAAACAAACAAAUCCUCUCUCUCUCUCUCUCUCUCUCUCUGCUCAUACAUCUUUCAAUUACAUGUGAAUAGUUUCCAUUCUUAUCUUCUGCCAUCUCUAUCCCCUUCACAUAUGUCCUCUGUCAAUUAAAACGCCUCCUCCCCCCUCAGCUCAGAUUACUAUCUCACGAGGAGCCUUGGUAACACACAUACAUACAACACUUACUGACAGGGCAGGAGAAGAGACAUCUUCUGCAUUCACAAGAAAACAGGUGAGGGAUGGCUUCAGGUUUGCCUUACUUUGAUCCUGACUAUGAGAAUCUGAGCUCUAGAAUAAACCCUCCAAGGGUGUCCGUGGACAACAGUAGUUGCAAGAACUAUACCUUGGUCCAGGUUGACAGUGUAAACAAACCUGGGAUACUUUUGGAAGUUGUGCAAAUUUUGUCAGACCUUGACCUCAGCAUAUCCAAAGCAUACAUCUCUUCUGAUGGUGGAUGGUUUAUGGAUGUAUUUCAUGUCACUGAUCAGCAAGGGAACAAAAUCACAGACAGUAAAACUAUUAAUGACUUAGAACAGGCUCUAGAACCUAAAUGCCGCAAAGCAAAUGUAUCAAAAACUUGGUCCGGACAAAGAGUAGAGGUUCAUUCUAUGGGUGACCACACUGUGGUAGAGCUAAUAGGCAGAGACCGCCCAGGGCUAUUGUCAGAGGUCUCUGCCAUUCUCAGCAACCUUCACAUCAAUGUUGUUGCCGCUGAAGUUUGGACACAUAAUAAACGAGUAGCAUCUGUUGUUUAUGUCAAUAAUAAUACAACUUGCCGUGCUGUGGAUGACCCCACUCAGUUAUCUAAAAUGAAAGAGCAGCUGAGGAACAUUCUUGGCGGGUGCGAGGAAGAGGAAAAAGUGUCUCAUACUGAUUUUUCUGAAGGUUCCACCCAUAUUGAUCGGCGGCUCCACCAAAUGCUGUUUGCUGAUAGGGACUAUGAAGGUGUUGGUUUUACAUCUGGGAAUGAUCACCAUCAUGCUUUUAAACCGAAUAUAACUAUUGAACAUUGUGAGGAGAAAGGGUAUGCAGUGGUUAGUGUCAGGUGCAAAGAUCGGUCAAAACUGAUGUUUGACAUCGUGUGCACCCUAACAUACAUGAAGUAUGUGGUUUUUCAUGCCAGUAUCUCCUCCGACAGUCCUUACGCAUCACAGGAGUACUAUAUUCGUCAUGUGGAUGGUUGCACUCUGAAUACUGAUGGAGAAAAAGAAAGGGUCAUAAAGUGUCUUGAGGCUGCAAUACGGCGAAGAGUGAGUGAGGGAUUAAGGCUAGAGCUGUGUGCAAAGGACAGGGUAGGGUUACUAUCGGAAGUGACAAGAAUUCUUCGAGAAAAUGGACUCAUUGUUGCCAGAGCAGGUGUAACAACAGUUGGAGAGCAAGCAAUGAAUGUCUUCUACAUAAGAGAUUCUUCGGGGAAUCCGGUGAAUAUGAAGACUAUCGAGGAACUGAGAAAAGAAAUCGGACACAGGAUGAUGCUAAACGUGAAGUUGGACCCAGCAAGUGAAAAGCCACCUGAAGCUAGUAAGUGGUCAGCAAAACCAAGCUUCUCCUUAGGAGGCUUGAUGGGGAAGUUUUUGUCUUGAAACUUGUGGUCCAAGGUUAUAUGUAUUGCACAGAAUAAUGCUAUGGCCACAUCAAAAUCAGCCCUGGCCUAUGAUACUUUGUAACAUUCACCGUCUCUGUGAAAUAUCUAUAUUUUCAUCUAGCAGUUGUUCUGAAA